CUUUAAGUCCUCCCUGUCGCCAUAUUCAUUGAAGUGGCAAUUCAAGUGUGCGUUGGGUGCGUUUCUGCUGUGUUGGGGAUUAUUGCGUGAUGGAGUGUUCGGUAAAGGAUAAAACGAUCGUAGUAACCGGUGCCGGACAAGGCAUUGGAAAUGAGCUCUGCCGGACGUUGGACCAGCUCGGCGCUAAGGUGAUCGCCGUAUCGCGUUCCAGUGGGCCGUUGGAAGCGUUGAAAGCCGACUGUCCGCGGAUUGAGACGGUCCAGGUCGACCUAAGUGACUGGAGCGCGACCAGGACUGCCCUUGCGCCGCUCGGAAAGGUCGAUGGGCUGGUAAACAAUGCCGGUGUUGCAGUCAUAAAGCCAUUUCUCGAGCUAACGGAGGAAGAUUACGAUCGCACAUUCGCUGUAAAUGUAAAGGCCGCUUUUAAUGUCGCCCAGAUUCUAGUGCCCAAGAUGGAGGCCGGCGCGAGCAUCGUAAACGUAUCGUCCCUCGCGGGGCUGAAAGCCAUCCACGGCCACUGCGCUUACUCCAUGUCGAAGGCGGCCAUCGAUGGUUUGACGCAGAAUUUAGCCCUCGAGCUUGGGCCGCGCAAAAUCCGCGUCAACAGCGUCAAUCCGACCGUCAUUCUGACGCGCAUGGGACGGGACAAUUGGUCCGAUCCGGCGAAGGCGGAUCCGCUGAAGGCGAAAAUUCCGCUCGGCCGGUUCGGGGAGGUUAGCGAGGUGGUCGAACCGAUCGUCUAUCUGCUGAGCGAUCGGUCCGGGUUCGUGAACGGACACAUGCUGCCGAUCGAGGGUGGAUUUUUGGCCGGGAAUUGACUUUCUUCCAAUAGGAACGAACCAUUCCAAUGUAAAGAAUACACCGGGAGGGAUAUUAGAUUUAUCAUUUCAAAUCAAAGUUUAUUUUCAUUGCAUGGUGUGUGUGUGUGUGUUUGCGGACAUUUUCGGUCGCAGUAACAGAUGCAGAGGAGAUGAGAAUUCAUGAAAUAAAAGCAUAAAUAUAACGCUACACCAUUGAGUGACAUACAGGAACGCAAAA